AUGUCCUCGACCAGAGAUGCGACGAAAGGGUCGAUCGGCCGUACCAAUGAUUGUCGCGCAAGCACCAAUGUCGUUUCGCCUGUGUCGGGGCCAGUCGUUAUGCCAUCCCAUUCCUCUACCUCCAGAGCAACAACACCUCGUAUCAAACGUGUGUUUACAAGGAAGGACUCUAUUGGCUUUGGAUCCUCUCUUCCAUUUUACAAGCCAGCACCUUCGAUUGAUGGCGCCCAAGCCACAUCUACGGUCCCGAAAUUGCCUCCUAAACAAUCCUCGCCUGAGUGCAACCGGACUAUCCGGGGAACAACACCUUUGGAUGCUGGGGUGCCUGGUUCUGUCACUCUCUCUUCUCGAACGAGCACCACCAGUGAACCACAUGAGAAGUCGCCCCGGCGCCCGACCCUGCUUAAUAUCUUCCAACAUUCCAACCCUGAACCCAGGUCACCGCAUCCCUCGAAGUCGAAAGACUCGAUUCCUGCAUCCCCACCACCCAAACCAUUUGGUCUGCUUUCCAAAAAGAACAAGACGGCAAUACCCUCGGUUUUCCAGGACCCUGACCCAAGUGCGGAAAGUCAAUUGAAUAUGUCGUCUCUCAAGACCAAAGCUGGUGAAAAUAAGGUGAUUGUGACCGAUAAGGAAGGGAAAGGUCUUUCCUCUGGAUUCCAGUUCCCUCGCCCUCGUCUCGGAUCCAGCGCAAAACUCCGUAACAUCUCGCCUCCACCACCGCUCGGGCAACAAGUCCGUGGGGGAAGUUCAGUAUUUGAUUCUGCUCCGUCCACACCAUCGUCGCCCAAGAAGACCAUAUCAACCUUUGCUGGGUUGAAGCUCAAGAAGAGUCGCUCCUCACUUGGGGUUCCAAAGCGACGCAGCAUGAGUCUUGGCGAUAUGACACAAUUUGUCAGCGAGGUGGGAGUGAUGGCUACUGAUGAGGCACAGGAUGUGUCGACGCUCAGCUCCAAGGGCUCCCGACCAUCUCAAGAUAAAUUCUUUGGGCGAGAACCUAGCUCCUCCUCGGACUUAAAUCUCCAAGGGACGUCUGUGGGCUGGUCGGGCUACUCUAUGAGUCCGACCACCCCUACCAAAUCUUCAACAGGUGUGCCGAGUUCACCAAGCCCCUCUUCAUUUGGGAAGAAAAAAUCGUCAGCAUUCCCUCCUCCGCCUCGGCACCCAACCACUUCCACAUCCGCUCCACGAGGUGUUUCACCUCCUCGACCAGGACACCAACAUCAGUUUUCAGCAAGCGCAAAGAUGCACGAGCUGGGCCGUAAGGGAUGGGAUAAGAUGGAGCGUCUCCUUGGCGGCAGAGAGAUGCUUUCGCGUUCUCAUAAUGGCAGUGAGGGUGGCUCAUCUAUCUCCCCCGGUAAUAAAUUCUACAAGACGCAGGGCGCGUCGCCGUCUGAAUCCACGACCCUCUCGGGUGGUGGGGACUCUGUUACAAUCAUGGCGUCUUCUAUGAGCUCUUCAGGACCGAAGUUGCCCCUCCCUUUACGCCCUGCAAGAUCCGAAGGCGGUGGCUUGUUGUUUGGUAGACCGUUGGCAAGUGCUGUAGCGGACACAUUGAUUGGCGCGUACUCUGAUGACGAUAGAUGGUUGGACUUGAAAGGGAAGCAGAGAGGGUUAGCAUGUCCUGCUCUCGUCGUGCGGUGUAUCCAACACUUGGAGUUGUGGGGCAUCGAAGAGGAAGGAUUGUUCCGCAUUACUGGUCGAUCAACUCAUGCGAAUAGGCUCAGAAAUGAAUUUGAUGCAGGUGCCGAUUAUGAUCUACGAAAUGCUGCCCCUGGCGAUUUGGACCCUCAUAGCGUUUCUUCUGUAUUCAAGGCAUACUUCCGCGAACUGCCGGAGCCUAUCUUGACUCGGUCCCUCGCACGUUCAUUUGAUGAUGCUUUGAUGGGUAGCUCGAAAACUGCAUCGUCUACUCCUUCGUCAAUGCGAGAUGCAACAGCUGACAUGAUUUUCGAGUUGCAAUCCCUGAUGACAAAAUUGCCUCCUGAGAAUUUCAGCGUCCUCCGAGAACUGUGUCGACUGUUGAAGAAGACAUCGGAUUACCAAGCUGUGAACAAGAUGCCGCUUAGCAACUUGAUUCUGAUUUUCUGUCCCAGUCUCAACAUGAACCCGUCGCUACUGCGUGUUCUCGUCGAGGUACAGGAGGACAUCUUCUCUCCAUCCCCGCCUUCGCGAACUACGACUACUUCUAAGUCCUCGAAAAGGUCACGGUUGAAUGAUUUUCGACAACCAUCUGCGAGCGAUUUGAAGCUUGCCAAUGCCAUGUCCUCGCCCCUUGCCUUGAAUCAAACCCCAAUAGUUACCCCCAUCAUUCACAGGAUGCCGUCGAUACCCAAACUCAGUAAUUCUUCUUCUCGAUCACAACUUCGUAGUAAACAUUCUCAUAACAUCUCACUUCCAAUACCAUCUAUCUCUCAACCAAGCACAACUGCUGAGAAUGUGCUUACAUUCCCUGGCUUGACAGCUAGUGAAGGUGCACCACAGAGAUCACGGACAGGAUCAGUCCGCGCACUUGGAAACUUAUUUAUCCCUCGCUCGAGAUCUAAUACUUUACGUUCGCCCGAUUCGGAGUCUGGCAGGUCAAAUUCACGACUUUCCUCUUUCCUCUCUACUAAUGCUAGUACUAAUGGUGAUGAGACUGAUGAGUUGCCAAAGGCAUCUGACAACCCUCGACGGCGAUCGGACACCGCACCCCACAUCUCGUUGCACAUCAGCACAGGUGGAUUGUUGAUCUCACCAUCUUCGUCCCCUACCACAAGCCAUCGGGCUUCUUGGUCCGAGCCCGUAUUGCCACUCCCACCUACCGUUGACCACUCAACUGCACAAGCGAAUGUGAUCGUUGCGGAUGCAGCCGGCUCGAGGACCCCUAUCGCUGACCUCUUCCGCGUUGAUACGGCGGCCUAUGGGCGAUCAUUCAAGAGCACAACUGUUGUUUCGAGUGGUAGCGGCAAUAGUGCUGCUGCGUCCAGCUCUUCAAGCUUUACGAAGGAUACAUGGAAGUCCGUGGGCAAAAGCGCUGGUGCCCCUAUUGCGGCUCAUGCAACGUUGGACAAAAAAGCGAUCGACCAUGGCAGUGUUGGUGGCACCGUUCAAAAUCCGAAUUCAACAGGGAAUGUGAGUGGGAACCCGACCAUCGGAGUUGUACCGGCUUCUAGUUCCCCGAACCUGCAUGCACCUCGAUUGUCAGUUCAGCGCGGUGCGAAGAGUCCCCAGAACGAAGAUUGGGCUACGAGCGUGUUGAUCGCUGCUCGGGUUGAGCCUACGAAUGAUUCUUGUCUACCAGUCCUUACCUCGACAAAGGCGACAGGCGUCGCCGGGUCCUGA